CUGCGUUGGGGUAGAGGAGCACCAUGCUGUUGACAUUGAUCUGUACCAUUGUCCCAACUGUGCAAUUCUCCAUGGACCUUCUCUAAUGAAGAAGAGGAGGAACUGGCACAGACAUGACUACACGGAGUUGGAUGAUGGUUCCAAACCGGUGCAGGCUGGAACACGGACCUUCGUUAAACAGCUGCGGGCUCGCUCUUUCCCAAGUGCUGAUGAAGUGAUUUUGAAGAUGCAUGGAAGCCAGCUGACACAAAGAUACUUGGAGAAACAUGGGUUUGAUGUUCCCAUUAUGGUUGCUAAGUUAGAUGGUCUGGGGCUCAGACUUCCUCCACCAACUUUCUCCGUUUUAGAUGUGGAACGCUAUGUAGGUGGCGACAAAGUCAUAGAUGUAAUAGAUGUAGCAAGGCAAGCAGACAGUAAAAUGAAGCUCCAUAAUUAUAUUAAAUAUUUCACAAAUCCUGAUCGACCAAAAGUAUUGAAUGUGAUCAGCCUGGAAUUCUCGGACACAAAGAUGUCUGAAUUAGUGGAAGUACCAGAUAUUGCUAGAAAGCUUUCAUGGGUGGAAAAUUAUUGGCCAGAUGACUCUGUCUUCCCUAAGCCUUUUGUUCAGAAGUAUUGCUUGAUGGGUGUCCAGGACAGCUAUACCGACUUUCAUAUCGAUUUUGGAGGAACAUCAGUUUGGUACCAUGUCCUCUGGGGUGAAAAGAUAUUCUAUUUGAUCAAGCCCACUGAUGAAAAUUUGGCUCUGUAUGAGUCUUGGAGUUCAUCUGUCACCCAGAGUGAAGUAUAUUUUGGGGACAAGGUUGACAAAUGUUACAAAUGUGUUGUGAAGCAAGGACACACUUUAUUUGUUCCAACAGGCUGGAUUCACGCUGUGCUCACAUCUCAGGAUUGUAUGGCUUUUGGAGGAAACUUUUUGCACAACCUCAAUAUUGGCAUGCAGCUCAGGUGUUAUGAAAUGGAGAAGAGGCUAAAAACCCCGGAUCUUUUCAAAUUUCCGUUCUUUGAAGCCAUCUGUUGGUUUGUGGCCAAAAACUUACUGGAAACAUUGAAAGAACUGAGGGAAGAUGGUUUCCAGCCUCCAAGCUAUUUAGUGCAAGGAGUGAAGGCUUUACUUACUGCUUUAAAAUUAUGGAUGAAAAAAGAACUUGUAACAGAACAUGCCUUUGAAAUUCCAGACAACAUUAGGCCUGGGCACCUCAUAAAAGAGCUCUCAAAAGUGAUUCGUUCUGUAGAGGAGGAAAACAGCAAACUAGUUAAAACUCAGGGAAUUCUUGGUGUGUGUCCAACUUCGCGGUCUUCACAUGAAACAGCUUCCCCUCACCACUCCAGAAGAAGGGUGAGGAAACUGCGAGACCAUGCUACCAAAACUCCUUCUAAUCUGGACAUCCUGGAACUCCACACCAGGGAGGUACUGAAAAGACUGGAGAUGUCACCAUGGGAGGAGGACACUGCAAGCUCGAAACUGAACGGGAGAUUUAACAAGCCCUUUCAGCCGUCUUCUACAGUACCUGAAUGGCGAACAAAAGACAACGACCUUCGCCUUCUGCUGUCAAAUGGAAGAAUAAUUAGAGAUGAUAGACGCCCGUUUACAGAUCGAAGUCUUUACACAGCAGAUAGUGAAGAUGAAGAUGACAGGGCAAGGUCAAAAAAGAUGACUGUUAAGGUAGAAAACCAGCCCUCAGGAUUUGAAGAAGGGAAUGCAGAUGCCCAGAAACCACUGAACAUGUUCUUUGAAAGUGUGAAAUCAGAACUCAGGAAAGGAUCCUCAGAGUACUCUGAUAUUUCCGAUUCAGAAGAAUCUGAGCCUGAUUGCACUACACAGCAGAAGGAUUCCUCCACAGAGGAGUCGGAAAGCUCAGGUGAUGAAGAGAAACAGGAAGUAACAUCAAAUUUCAAAGAGGAAUCUAAGGUCACAAGAGACCUUUGUCAAAAUACCCAGAAGCCAUCCAGAAAUGAAACUCCCAGUAAAAAGGAAUGUCCUACCUCGACAAGUACUGAAGAAGAAGCUAUUCAGGGCAUGCUUUCUAUGGCAGGAUUGCACUAUACGACAUGUUUACCAGGUCAUACUCAAAGCACAGACUGCACAGGUAAAAGAACCUCUCUUCAGGAACACAGAAGCUACCCCAAGAGUCGGCAUAAAGACAGACAGCCAUCUCAGAGCCACAGAACUGUAGAAUGUGGUAGGUCUGUGAAGGAGGAGGAAAGAGACUUGGGGACUUCAGCAUGGUCGAGACACCUGAGUGAAGCUUCAAGGAUUACCCCUCAGGAUACAAGUAAAACUCAAAAAUAUGUCAAGAAAGAGAGCGCGUCAGAAGUCAGUCAUAAGGUUCAGGAAAACAGAAGUGUAGUCCACAGCAACGGCUUGAGUUUUCAGCAUGGCAAGUGUACACGAGACUCCAGCCUAAUCCAAGGAGAAUGUCGGCUGAGUGAUGGCAGCCUUAGCCCUGACAGGCCGUAUGGUGAAACAUCCCUGUCUCUACCACUUCAUCCAACAAAGAGGCCAGCAUCAAAUCCACCCCCUAUCAGCAACCAGGCGACAAAAGGCAAGCGUCCAAAGAAAGGAAUGGCAACAGCUAAACAGCGCCUUGGGAAGAUCUUGAAGCUGAACCGGAAUGGCCAUGCUCGCUUCUUCGUUUAAUGUAGCUGCUACUUCUACUACUGCUGUCUUUCCUACACAGACCAGUAUUGAGGUCAACAGAGCCUGGAGCUGCUGUUAUUCCUCUGCUUGAAGCAGACAUGCAUGUACCGUAUAAAACACUGCCUGAUGAACAAAAUUGAGAAAAAAAAAAAAAAACCACAAACCCAACCCAAUGCUGCAUUUUCACUGUGCCACACCUGCUCAGCAAUAACCAUAUGGGAAUAGGGAAAUCUUCAGAGAGACAUGGACUGUGGGAAAUAGUCUCUCAUCAGGGCUUGAAUAUCAUUUGUUGCUGGUAGUUUCUGACCUAAUUAAUGAGGGGAAGAAAAUGAAGGUGGUUUAUCAAUAAUUUAUUUCUGAUAGAUUUUGACAACUUUUAAAUUCAUUUAAAA